CUAAACCUUCUUUCGCUUUCUCAAGUUGUCAGGAAGAGAAACUCGGAAGAAUUAAGAUCGAUCCACUUUUGUGCAUUAGCUAAGCUGUCAAAGCACAUAACACGAAUCCGAGUAUGGCCGCUGGAGAACCUGCUGAGCCAAGUGAACUUGGAGCUGAAAAUGAGGAAGGGACGCUGACGGGAGACCAAACAGACGCCAAACCUGACCGCAGAGGAAGAUUUCUUCUGUUCGGGAGUAAGAAGAAUAAGGAUGGCCAGACGCGGGAGCAGGACUACUCUUCUGAAAGCCAUUACAGAAUUGUUUCACCAACAUUCCAGUAUAAGAUGAGCCACCAGCGAGUGGGCAAGUGCAUCAUCAUCAACAACAAAAACUUUGAUGAAAAGACAGGGAUGAAUGUACGCAACGGCACAGACCGAGAUGCAGGUGAGCUGUUCAAAUGCUUCAAGAGCCUGGGCUUCGAUGUCUUCAUCUACAACGAUCAGACAUGUGAGAAGAUGGAGCGUCUUCUCAGAGAGGCCUCGGAGGAAGACCAUAGUGACAGCUCGUGUUUCGCCUGUAUCCUGCUAAGCCAUGGUGAGGAGGGCAUGAUCUACGGAACAGACGGAGCCAUGCCCAUCAAGUCCAUGACCUCAUUGUUCAGGGGGGACAUGUGCAAAAGCUUAGUCGGAAAGCCAAAACUCUUCUUCAUCCAGGUCAUCGUUGAGAAAGCUACUCAGGAUCACAAUGAAAUGUCAUUUCAUUUACUUCACCAGGCUUGCCGGGGUUCCGAAUUUGAUGAUGGUAUACAGACAGAUUCGGGUCCGCCAAACGAUACCCUGGAGACAGAUGCUAAUCCAAGACAUAAGAUCCCUGUAGAGGCAGAUUUCCUCUUUGCCUACUCCACUGUGCCAGGGUAUUACUCAUGGAGGAACCCUGGACGCGGCUCCUGGUUUGUCCAGGCGCUCUGCAACGUCCUCAACGAGUUCGGCAAACAGCUGGAGAUAAUGCAGAUCCUGACACGGGUCAACUACAUGGUGGCCACCAGCUUUGAGUCCUGGUCUGAGGACCCACGCUUCAGUGAGAAGAAGCAGAUUCCCUGCGUAGUCUCUAUGCUGACGAAAGAACUGUAUUUCAACUGACCGCCAACCUAACUGACCGUACUGUAUGACAACACGGACUGACUGACUGACUGACUGACUGACUGACCAACUGACUGUUUCAGGUGCCGACUAAGCGGUCAAAGCAUUCAGGGAUGAUUCAGGCCCAGCAGGACACUGCACAUUUGGAGCACAUUUUUGCAUGUGUAGUUGGGCCCGAAAACAAGCACUCCGUGAGAGAAAAAUAUAUAUAUUUACAGUGGCACUCCACGUUCAUGUGCUGAUGGUGAAACUUCUUCCUCUUCUUCAGGUUAUUCUUCGGAAUAAUGGCGUCACAUUUAAUCUGAUCUUUUUUUGACAGGCAUGUGAAAUAUCUAUGUUAUUCUACCAGCCCGGAAAAUUUACUGCCAGUUUUUGUGGGUUUGGGGGAAUCAUAUCUGAAUAUGUCUCUCCAUUUUCCAGCAUUUGCAAUAGAUGUUGAAGGGAACUUUAUAGAGUGGACAGGAGUCUUCAGGCUAAACGUGGCUUUUGCAUUUAUUACAUGAAAUGGGUUUUAUAAUAAAUAAUUUAUGAUUUAGUGUUCUGAGAGAAGUAGAUGGUAAAACUGUCUAAUGCAGUCCAAUGCAUUUGUACAGUGUACAAUACUGUCACCAUUACACAGUAAAAUUAAUUGGAAACCAGGUGACAGUUGAAUGUUUUAAAAGCCUUUAGAAAGUCUAUAGAAAUUCCCACUAGGAACGUGAAUAGAGUGAAACAAACAUCUUUGAUUGCCAGAGAGAUGGUGGAGCUGCCUUAAUUACAAACCCUGUCUGAUUGAAUUGUUAGAGGGAGGGGGGGGGAAGCAUCUGGAAAAUGGAUCAGAUCAUUUUCAGCUAUCUGUGUUUUAAUGUUUUCAGCUGUUAAUUGUAAAAGAAAGAGAGACAACAGGAAAGACAACACUCCUCUGAGCAAAAACAUGCAACAAUGCUUUUGCCAAAGGCCCAGUGUCUCAGCCUUCCUAGCAAGUUUAAGUUGGUAGCAGCAUGCUGGCAUCCUCAGGUUCUUUAAUGUCCCAUGAAGUGGGUUAAUGUAAUGUUAAAGAAUGUCAUAUACGUAUGGCUAGGAAGGUGUGAUCUUUUGCUGUGUAGUGAUUAGUUCUAUGAGAUUUUGAGUCAAGUGCAUAGUAUAUAGUCCAAGGAUUAUUUGCAAUUUCCCAGUUUACUCAGCCUGAUGUUAAAGACUUCACUUGCUUGGUGUUUAACCCUGGGUAAGUGAAGUUUGUGUAUUUGCAUAUAAUCAAAAUUACAGUACGCACUUGUCUAAUUAGUCAGGGUCCAAAAAUUCAGUUUAUGAAUUUCCCUUUUUUUUUUGGUAAGACAUUCGUCUUUAAUGACUUUAAUGGAUAUAAGGAUGCAUGCGUAAGAUUUCUAUUCUAGAGAGAGAACUUGAGAAUGUCAAAAACUGUGUCAUAAAUUUGGGAAAUAUCAUAGUGUAAAGCUGGACUAGGGCCCAAAGCACAAAUGCCACAUUUCACUGUAUAUUACUGUUGUAUAUUGUCAUAUCAUACACUACACUCUGGUAAGAGGUACCCAGCGAAGUCUUUUUAAAAAAUCUUUUUUUUUAUUGAUCUUUGAUUUAGAUACAUUUAGUUAUUUUUAAGCACUUAGUGCACCUUGUCAAGUUUUUUUUCAAACAAUAUUGCAUAAAUCAAUAUCAUUGAGUUAUAUGAUAAAAUAUUUAAUAUAAUAGACAUUUGCUGAUGGUCAUUACAACUUACACAAAGUUUGUUUCUGCAAAUACGCUGUAUUAUUGUGCCAAAGUCUGUCAAUCAGAGAGGCAGCUAUUACUGGUGGUGACAAGUCUGAACAUACACAAUCCACACUCUCAUUGUUGCUGCAAUGUUUUUACAUUAUUCACAUGAUAGCAUGUGUCACUAACUUCGGGGAAAACGUCAGCAAUAGCUUUAAUUAUAUUUUCCCCUUUUCACUCCUUGUAUUUUUUUUUUUUUUAUCAGUUGUUUUUUGUGACACUUUUACAUCAUAAUUCUAGUUGCCAGAAGUGUGUUCAAUACUGGCUAAAGUUAGAGACAUGUCCCAUUCUACACCCAGUGCACUUGUCCAAUAUAGCCACAACUCAACACAUGGAUCUCUGAUCAGUGAUGUGGUGCCCAGCCUGUGCUGAAAGGAGUGUUUGCUCCACUUGUUUUGGAUUGGAAUUGAAGGAGGGAAAAAUACUUUUAAGGGUAAAAUUUUAAAUGCUUUCCAGUGUUAAAUGCUGUUGUCCUCAGGAAUAUAUUUGAAAAGAUUUGGAAAAAUGAAUGAAUUACAUUAUAAGUAUAAUCUGGCCCAAUUUUCUUUUUAAUUUGGGGCAAUACCUUGUUUAAAUAACUUCAAAACAGAGGAAUGCUCAUGUAAACAUUUUAUUGUAUUAAACAUAAAGAAUUUA